AUGUCAUUGUAUAUUUUAUUUAUUUUGGCUAUGUCAAUACAUCACUCCUGGGAACUCACCCUAAAAAUUGAAGGUGGCUUAGAAAUGGGCGACCAAAUAAAAUCUUUAUUAGAAAAAUUGUCUAGCCUCUUUGACAAAAUUAUCAACCAAAACCAGACGAUAAUCAAAAUAGAAGAUGAGCUACCGAGCGAGAAGCAAAUUUUGUGGCAGAAAAAACUAGCACAGAUCCACGAAAACCAGCACAGAAUAAAAAAUGAAAUGCAGAACAAUAUUAAUGUG